GUUACAGGUCAAGAGCUGCGUUCAAGCUCAUACAACUGAACAGGAAAUAUGAAUUCUUGCAGCGUUCAAAUGUCAUUGUUGACUUGUGUGCAGCUCCAGGAGGCUGGCUGCAAGUUGCUGCUGAAAAUGCCCCAAUGUCUAAUCACAUUAUCGGUAUUGACUUGGUUUCUAUUCCGCCUAUUCACAAUGUGAAAACUUUUCAAGAGGACAUCACCACAGAGAAAUGCAGACAGGUCAUCAAGAAAGAACUUCACACUCUGAAGGCAGACUGUUUUCUAAAUGAUGGAGCUCCAAACGUUGGCAAAAACUGGGUGCAUGAUGCCUAUCAGCAAGCUGAGCUCACCCUUCAUGCUAUGAAGCUCGCAACAGAUUUCCUCCGGAAAGGAGGAUGGUUCGUCACCAAACUGUUCAGAUCCAAGGAUUACGAUGCCCUUAUGUGGGUGUUUCAGCAGUUGUUCAAAGAGGUCCAUGCCACGAAGCCACAGGCAUCAAGAAACGAGUCGGCUGAAAUUUUUGUGGUUUGUCAGGGCUACUUGGCACCUGAUAAAAUAGACCCGAAAUUUACGGACCCCAAGCAUGUGUUUAAAGAAGUGGAUACAACUCAGAGGGUGGCUAUUGACUUGAUUCAUCCAGAGAAAAAGAAGAGACAGCGAGAGGGGUACCCAGAAGGAGACUACACAUUGUUUCACUCACUUCCUGUCACAAAGUUUUUUGACAGUGAGGACUUCAUGGAUUUACUUGCAGAGUCCUCUGAGAUUGCCUUAGACUCUGAAGAAAUUAAGAAUCACCCUCUGACGACCUCAGAAAUUAAGGAGUGCAUCAAAGACAUCAAAGUGCUGGGAAAGAAAGACAUAAAGUCCGUAUUUUUGUGGAGGAAAAAACUGAAGAAGGAGCUUGAGAAGUCUGGAUCCUCCCAACAAUUUGAGGCGUCUGUCUCUGGUGAUGUUAAAGAGGAAGGAGAAGAGGAGAUUCAGGAGGAUGGUCAAGAGGAUGAGGCAGAAAUGGAAGAGCUUGAGAACCUGCUGGAGGCGAAGAAUCAAGAGGAACUGAAAGCCAUGAAAAAGGUCAAGAAAAAAGUGCGCAAAGCUCAGAUGAAGCAAAAGGCUCGGAUUGAUCUGAAGAUGACCAUCCCUGGAGACAGACCGGAUAUUCAGGAUGAUGAGAACAUUUUUGACAUCAGGAAAAUCAGAAGUAAAACAGAACUGGUUGAGGUUGAAAAGGGAGACCUGAGCCACAUGGACAGCACCGACAUCUUUGAAGAUUCAGAUGAUGAGCGACCGAAGAAAAGAAAGAGAGAGUAUUUUGACAAAGAUGAGAAGAAAUACAUUGGCAUUGAAGGAGGUGGAGAAAGUGAUGAGGACGAGGAGGAAGAGAUGGAGGAGGAGCCGAUGUUUGAUGAUGGAAGUGAGGAGGAGGAGGAGGAGGAGGAUGACAGCACAGAGAAGGAAGAAAGUUCUAAAGAAAACGCCAAUCCUCUGAUUAUUGACAUGGAGGAGACAAGCAGGAUUAAAAAGGACAAACAGAAUGCGUGGUUUAAAAAGGCCGCCUUUGCUGGUUUAGAGGAUGAUUUUGGAGAGGAUCUUGACCUGGAAAACCUUGGCUCAACGAAUGGACCUUCGGAUAAAAGAAAAACAACUGAUAAACAGGAGAAAUCAAAGAGUGAGAGUAAAGACAGUCAGAAAACGAAGAAGAGUAAUGGUUUUGAGGCAGAUUCAGAUGACGAGAUGAAAUUUGAAAGCGAUGAUGAAGAAAAAAAGGAGGAGGCAGAGGAUGAUGAUGAUGAAGACGAAGACAGCGACAGUGACUAUGAUUUUGGUGGUUUUCCUAGCACUCUGGCAAAGAAAAGAAAGAAGCAAGAGAGGGCAAAGGUUGGUAAAGAUGGAGUGGAGGUGGUGCCUCUGUCUGUGGACCCUUCUCUGCGCCUGGAUGAAGAAGGGUUGGCUAUCGGGGCCGCAAUGGUUCAGUCUCGGAAAAGAAGGAGGGAAAUUGUGGAUGCUGGUUUCCAUAGAUACAUGUUUGAUGACGACAACUUGCCUGAGUGGUUUGCUAGCGAUGAAAGGAAGCAUCUCAAACGACAGAGGCCAGUGUCCAAGGAGGAAAUGGAAGAGUACAAACUGAAAAUGAAAGCUGUUGACGCCCAGCCAAUCAAGAAGAUUGCUGAAGCCAAAGCCAGAAAAAAGAGAAAGAUGCUGAAACGACAAGAGAAAGCGAGGAAAAAAGCUAAUGCUGUCACAGAAAAUAUUGAUGUUUCUGAAAAAGAGAAGUGGCAACAGAUUAAACAGAUCUACAAGAAGGCUGGUCUUUUGAAGAAGUCCAAGCCAAGUGUGACGUACGUUGUGGCGAAGAAAGGUGCUGGUAAGAAAGUCCGACGGCCAGCGGGAGUGAAGGGCCAGUUCAAGGUCGUUGAUAGCAGGAUGAAGAAGGAUGUCCGCGCACAGAUGAAAGUUGACGCCAGAAAGAAGGGCAAGAUGAAGACUGGCAAAAAGGGUGGAGGCCGAGCACGGAGAUGAAAUAAAAUUUAUUGAUGACAU